AUGAUCACUCUCGGUCGCACUGCUCCUCGAUCCCUUUUGACUGCCAUCUCCAGAUCUGCUGCCACUCCUCGUCUGGCGUUCAUCACAGGAACGUCCCGCGCCUUCACUCAAGUGUCCACUGCUCCUCGACGUACACACCGCUUAAACAUCGCUAAGCUCAGCACCGCACCUGCAUCCCUCAGGACUCGAUCUCGCACCAUGACGACCGAAAUUCCUUCCCAGAUGAAAGCGAUCUUGGUCAAAGAUGGCAAAGGACCUUCUGACAACCUCUACCUCGGUGAAGCACCCGUCCCUACAUUGGGCGAUGACGAAGUCCUGGUCAAAAUCAAAGCCUUCGGACUCAACCGUAUGGAUAUCAUGCAACGCGAAGGGAACUACCCUCUCCCACCUCACGCACCUCAGAUCAUGGGUGUCGAAUUCUCCGGUCACGUUGUAGCCACCAACAAUCUCAAAGAUAUCCCCUGGAAGGUCGGCCAGGAAGUCUUUGGUCUCGCAGUAGGUGGAGCAUAUGCCGAGUACAUCAAGGUCCCUUCGCGGAUGAUUCUGGAGAAGCCUAGCGAGCUGGACUGGGUGCAAGCAGCUGCGAUUCCAGAGAACUACCUUACUGCCUUCCAAGCUUUGAGGACGAUCUGUGGAUUGCAGAAGGGCGAAGAUGUGCUGAUUCAUGCUGGUGCUUCCGGUGUCGGUCUCGCUGCGAUUCAACUGGCACGCGCUUUUGGAGCGGGAAAGAUCUACAUCACAGCUGGGUCGGAGGAGAAGAUCAAGUUCUGCGAAGAGAUCGGAGCGGACAAGGGUUUCAACUAUAAGGCGGUCGAUUGGGCGGAAGAGUUGGCGAAACACACCGGUGCCAAAGGUCCCGCUGGAUCGGUGGAUGUGAUCGUCGACUUCAUCGGCGCUCCGUACUUCAACGGCAACUUGGCAAGCCUCAAGCGAGACGGUCGAAUGGUCAUGCUCGCCUUUAUGGGUGGUGCAAAGAUCAAGGAAUCGGUCAUUGCACAGCUCCUCUUCAAGCGUCUGCGUAUCGAGGGCUCAACGCUGCGAUCGCGUACCGUCGAGUAUCAGAGCGACCUUGUCCAGGGCUUCGUCGAGGAAGGUGGUCUGGAACGUCUGAUCUCUGGCGCUAACAAGGACGGUGACGGCAAGGGCGAUGUCGAUCACAAACUCGUCAUCCACAAAGUGUACUCUUGGAAGGACAUCAAGGAGGCCCACGACGAAAUGGAGGCGAACAAGAACGUCGGCAAAAUCAUCAUCACAGUCGAUGGCGCCUGA